UAAUCCAUCUACUUUCAUAAGCCUUUUUAAAUAGUAAUAAGAGUAAUGAAAUUUACAAUUCAAAAAGGUAAAGUUCAAAAGUACAAUAGCAAUGACCAUUCGGGAUCAACAUGCACGACAAAGGCAGUGAAUCAAACACAAAAUAAGAAUCACAACAGAAAAAGUAAAUACGCCACACACAAAGAGCAUAAAGAUUUACGUGGUUCACUAAAAAUCCGGACUAUGUCUACAGUGAAGAUUGAGCAAAAAAAAAAUCAUUAUACGAAAAUCAAGAGAUCAUUUUUCUGGACGGGAACAAAAUUCAGAUCACAACAUCACACACAUGUAUCACGCGGGUUACCAUCCAUGGACGUUUUGCUGGCUGCUGAGUCCCUCAUCCUUAACAUGAGAAUAGCCACUUGUGUUGAACUAGUCGAUGAUCAAGGACAAUACUUUCUUUUCCAUCCAACAUGUGGAGGUUGGUCUGAUCAAUCAACUGGCCAAAUUUCAAUUGAAUUUUGUGACCCAACACUUCAAGUGGUCCAAACCCGCACUAAUUACAAAGUUAUAAGAUCAAAACAAAUUUGUCAUGAAACUAUUGACAUGAUAUUACACAAAAUAGGAACUUAUGCUUUAGGCCUUGGACUCAACUUUUUUAUGUAUUUCUCAACAAACUAUUAACUCAGUGCAGUCUAAUCAACAAAUGGUUAAAAACACAUAUAGUCUAAUCAACAAAUUGUUAGAAACAUAUAUAAAAUAACAAUUUUGGACCAUAUAUUAUCAUCACAGGUUUAAAAUAAGAAACCUGCACUCUUGUUGAGCAUUAACUACCUAAUAUCAAAUUAAAUUUAGAAAAUAUUGAAUAUUCAAUGGGAAGAAUGUAAAUUAUCUAAAUUCAAGGUGUUACAUAGAUAUACAGCAAGAUAUAGGAAUAUGUUAUAACAUUCCAACAAAAAAGAAAUUCCAGAAAAGAAAAGAAAAUGUUGGCUAUAAAGGACCUAGCUAUCAUAGUUUGUUUAUCAAACCAAAAUGGCAGAACUGAAGCUUUUCAGGACAUGGUCAAGUCCAUUUUCCCUGAGGAUCAUUUGGGCACUGAAACUUAACGGCAUAGAAUAUGAAACCAUAUUUGAAGAUCUUACCAACAAGAGCCCUUUACUUCUCCAGCUCAAUCCUGUUCACAAAAAGGUGCCGGUGCUGGUGCAUGAUGGAAAAGCGACUGCAGAAUCGCUUGUAAUUCUUGAAUACAUCGAGGAGACAUGGCAAAACACUCCCAUAUUGCCAAAAGAUCCUUAUGAGAAAGCCAUGGCACGUUUCUGGGCUAAAUUCAAUGACGAUAAGAUUUUUCCAUCAGUACGGCAUGUUUUGUUUACACAAGGGAAAGAGCAAGAGGAAGCUAUGCCUGCAGUUAUGGAGAAGCUGAAAUUCAUAGAAGAAGAGCUAAGACUAAGAGGAAAAAAAUUCUUCGGUGGAGAGACUAUUGGAUUUGUAGACCUUGCAUUGGGUUGGAUGGCUAAUUUGGUCAGCGUAAUUGAAGAGGUAAUACCUUUUAAGUUGGUUGAUUCAGAAAAGUUCCCAUUGAUAUUUGCCUGGAUGCAAAAUUUCUCAGAUGUUCCAGUUAUCAAAGAGAACUGGCCAUCUCAAGACAAGCUAGUUACCAAGUACCAAAUUAUGCGUGAGACACACCUCGCAGAAGCAGCACCAAAAUGAACCAGUUCACAAAGCCUGCACGAACCUUCAAAGUUCCUACAAUCACAUGAAUGAAUAUCAUAUGAGGCACACCCAAAGUUAUGCUUGUUUGUGAGGCAAUGCCCCUAGUAAUUGCUUCUGGGAGUUGUGGCUUCUGUUUGUUUUUUCUUUCCCAGUAAGUUUUUAAUAAUAAAUGUUAUUGUAAAACUUCAUUGGAUAGGUAGGAAAUCAUGUUUUCCAUCUCAGUUGAGUUGAAAUCAUCCUUUUACUUCCCUUUCUCUAUGUCUUGGCUUAAACAUGCUUGUUUAAUUGUAAUUGGAACUACCGCUAAACCUUGUUGGUUUGUCAAAUAUGGUUUGAGCAUUUGAGGCUUGAGGUCACAGGGUGGUUGAGUGUGCUUGGCAAAGGCUGAUACUGAGUUCGUUAAAAGUUUGUGUCCUCUUUGUUUUGAAGUAUUUGGGCUUUUGAUGGCAUCCAUAGCCAGCCAGCUUUUAAGUGAUUUUGUUCCUUGUGAUUCUUUGAUAGCUGAGCUUCAAGUUUGCUCAAUUUGUAUUGGUUCUUGUCCAUUUUAUGAGAAUGUGUUUUAGGGAGAAGGUGCAAGGUUGUAUAUGUGUGUAUU